CUAUUUCUUCUUACAACCUCAAUAAAAGUCAACUUCGAAUCUCUCUGCUGUCCAAUUUUUCGACUUAUCCAAUGGCUUUGACCCGCGAGCAAUACCUGUACAUGGCUAAGCUAGCCGAGCAAGCCGAGCGCUACGAGGAGAUGGUCAAGUUCAUGGACAAGCUGGUGGUCACCUCCGCCGAAGGUCCCGAGCUCACAGUGGAGGAGCGCAACCUCCUCUCUGUGGCGUACAAGAACGUCAUCGGCUCGCUCCGUGCCGCCUGGCGCAUAGUCUCGUCGAUUGAGCAGAAAGAGGAAAGCCACAAGAACGACGACGACGUGCCACUCGUUAAGGAUUACAGAUCUAAGGUCGAGAGCGAGCUGUCUGAAAUAUGCGCCGGAAUUUUGAAAAAUCUGAAUGAUUUUUUGAUUCCCUCGGCUUCUUCGAGUGAUUCCAAGGUUUUUUACCUUAAAAUGAAGGGAGAUUAUCACAGGUACUCAGCGGAGUUUAAGGUUGGGGAUGAGCGUAAGCAGGCUGCUGAGGAUACUAUGGUCGCUUACAAAGCCGCUCAGGAUAUUGCAGUUGCUGAUCUUUCUCCUACGCAUCCUAUACGAUUGGGAUUGGCGUUGAACUUCUCUGUUUUCUACUUUGAAAUUCUAAAUGCAUCAGAGAAGGCUUGCAACAUGGCUAAACAGGCUUUUGAGGAAGCUAUUUCUGAGCUGGACACUUUGGGGGAGGAGUCGUACAAGGACAGCACUCUUAUCAUGCAACUUCUAAGGGACAAUCUCACUCUUUGGACCUCAGAUAUGCAGGAUCCAGCAGACGAUGCUUGAGGUGAUGGCUAAAUCUACUCCUGAAUUAAGGAGAUGAAUUUGGUAUAUGCAAAAUCAUGACGAACUCGAUCUAAUUCCAAUAGAUCACGAAAUCAAAAGGACAUCCAGAAAAUCAUAGAAGAGUGCAACAUCAAACAAGGAGAAUGACCGAUAAUUAGAAUCAACCGCAGAAUCAAAGUCAGGUUUCGGAGCAACUACCGCAGCCAAAUCAACAGAGAGCUAUUGAGAAUGAAGCUCCUAUUUUAGUUGGGGAUUAAUGUAAAUCCAAUUCCUGUAUCAGUACAACCUGUCAUAGUAUAUCCUUCUUUCGGACAAUUUAAUUUCCACUUCAAAUC